CCAUUCCUGGAGACCAUGCCUAGAGCGAAGUCUUACUUCAGCUACAUCCGUCGGCUGAUGAUGAUUAUAGGAAUAUGGAGAAUACAAAAUGGAGAAGAAUUGUCAACAAAGGAAAAGCGUUUAUACCACAUUUACGCUGCUACGUUCCAAGUUAUUUCCACUUCAGGAGGACUAUCGGUGCUAUUGGAAAUACCGACCUUAAUUAAAAGAACUUCGGUAUUUUCCGUCCCUGUGUUGGACAAUGUAAGCAGGGUCACGAUGUACGGCCUUAUUGUGUUCAAAAUGGUCAUGUGGCGAUCGAAACGGAUGUUCGAUUUGCUGAAUAUUGCUUUAGAGUAUGAUUCUCAGUUAGCUGUUCACGCCGACCCGAAAAUAAAAGAAAUAUACAAGCAAUACUUGGAUUAUGGAGAUACGGUUAUCAGCAUAAUUUUUUUGUCUGGAGUUUUGAUUGGGUUCGGUAUAGGAAUAAUCGGAGAUAUAAAUUGUUAUAAGUAUUUCAUGGAAAACAAAGGCCGUAACGUGUCAGGAAAUCCGUUACCGUUGAAUCUCUGGUAUCCUUUUGAUAAAAACAAGUAUUAUACAAUGGUGCUGGUAGACCAAAACAUUCGGCCGACAAUGUGUUGCCUAUGUAUCGGCGUCGUGGGCGCUUCCGUCAACUCGGUUGUAGUAUUUCUGACGCUACAGUUGAAGCUGCUACAGUAUUAUUUCAGAAACGCGGAUACAUUCAGAAUCGAUGACGAAGUGUUUGAAGACAUCGUGGAGCGUAAUUUGAAGCUGCUUUGUGUCAAACAUCAGGAAUUAAUCGCAUUCGCAGAGGAGCUACGUCAGACAUUGAAAAAUAUCAUAUUAAUAGAGUACGCUGUUUCCUCAGCCUCUAUAGCCAUCUUAAUUCUUCAAACCAUCGCAAGUGGCGAACUUGUGUUAAACUUAACCAUGCUGACCUACACAGUACUGCAGCUACUUAUAUUCGCUUGGAAUUGUAACGAAAUCAUCAUUCAGAGUUCGGGAUUAGCGGACGCCCUGUAUCAGAGCAAUUGGUACGAUCAAACUAAAUCGACGAAGGCGAUUUUGCAUGUGAUGAUGAUGAGGUGUCAAAAACCGAUUCGUUUAACUAUCGGUAUGUUUGGGGCGAUGGAUUUGGAGGCCGGAGUUUCCAGAUUGAAGUUGGGUUAUACAUACACGACGCUAGUUCACAAUUAAGGUCUCCGACUUCGACGUCAUAUUGUAGAAUUAAAGGGCACUCAUUUAUGUGUGCUAUAGACAGCAUAACCAUUUUAGUCGAUGCAGCUAGUUGCUUACUUUGAACAUACACAAUUCCAUUCUUAAUGAAUAUUUGCAAAAAAUUAGUUUAGUAGGUAUUAUUUUAAUAGUUUUACACAAGAAUGAGUAAGCAUUAAUUUCUAUAACCUUACUUGACAUUAUUUAGUAGUAACAAACGAUGCGAUUACCCCUCACACUAGAGUAAGUUUUGGUCAGUUUUGAUAGGAUUUUAUGUAAUCACAAUAUUUUCACGAUAUUUUCUGUGUGCCAGUUUCUCUUCUUUCUGAAACAGAAAAUAUCAUCGGUGUUCUAUAAAAUGUAUUGAGUUUUUCGUCAACCAUGGCUGCUUAUUUGUUAAACGGAACAGACCCGAAUUCCACAAAUAUAUUGAAUUUUUAGAUACAGUGUGAUUUUGAAAAUUUUGAGAAUCGUUGUCGCUCAGUCAUGCGUUUGAUUUAUAAACGAAAGUGCGGAUGUUUAAGGAAAAUUCUCGAUAAUUUUAUUAAACUUUUCAUCAAUUAUACUGGGUGUUUCAAAACAAAUGCAAAAAACUGUGAUUCCUUAAAAACGAAAAUAACAAAAUAUAAAAUAUUAAGGAAGUAAUAUUAUUAUGAUAUCACAAUUUCAAUUUUGUUUUAUCUAUUAUUUAUCCUAACUAAUUUUAAAUGAAAACUUACGGCAUGACACAGCAUGCCCUAAAAAUAUGUUUUAUUUUAUGUUUUAUUUAGAAUCUUUUGAAAAAAAGGAGUUUCUUAUUAUUGUUGUUUUCGACACUGUUGUUAGUUUCAAUCCACUGAUAAUACAAAAAUAUGCGAAACUUUGUUUUUAUAAUUGUAAUACUUCCGUAAUAUUUAAUUGUUCUAUUUCUGUUUUGAGAUAAAAAAUAAAAAUAUUAAUUUUCCGCCAUAUUUCUAGCCAUCUAUUUUAGACCCAACGAUUAUAUAACAAAGCCACCUUUUUUUUUAAAGAAGAUACCACCAGCUUAAGAUGUUCGCAUUUGUUUAGAAACAUCCUGCACAAUACAUAAGAGCUAUUUCUCAAGUUACUUAUUUGUCGAAAUAAAAUUAUAUGUGUGCAAGCUUAAAUCUGCAUUGAUAAUACGCUCCAAUUAUGUUUAAAUAUUCAUAUGUGUUAUAUAAGAGAAAACAAAAAUUAAAAUAGUAAUUACAAAUUGUCACUACUGUUUCUUUAGUAAAGUAUAUUAAAAAAAUGGACUUCCUUUUUAAAGUCGCCGGCCGGAGAAUAGACACCCAAAUUCAAAUACGAUAUAAUUCUAAUGAAGUGAAGUAACCAGUAUCCAACAUAAUCGAAAUCAUUGUUUUGAAAUUAAAAGUAUUUAAUAUGAGAUUCAUUAAAACUCGGAUAGUACUUAAAUCUGCAGUUUUAUCGGUAGACGUCCUAUAUGUUGUCUUUAAAGUCUCAAUAAACUUCAAAAUAUCCUAAAUUGACUUUCACUAGAUUGAUUUAAAAACAAAUUACCUUUGCUACUA